AUGGCUGGGAUCGGCUGUACUUUCAGCAACCUCUGUGCAAGUCAUCUGGAAUUGAAUACACAUAAUGGAAGAACUGUAUUUUGGAAACCAAUCAGCCGGAGAAAUUCAGAAAUCAGAGCUGAAGUGAAUUUUGUGAAUGCUGAAGAAGCAAAGAAACUCAUAGCCGUUGAGGGUUACUCAAUUCUGGAUGUUCGUGACAAAUCUCAAUUCGAGCGAGCUCAUAUAAAAUCAUGUUAUCAUGUGCCUCUUUUUACUGAAAACCAAGACAAUGACUUGGGGACAAUUAUAAAGAGGACAGUACACAACAAUUUUUCAGGUUUAUUCUUUGGGCUGCCAUUUACCAAACAAAAUCCUGAGUUUGUGCAGUCUGUUAAGAGCCAGUUUUCAACAGAAAGUAAACUAUUGCUUGUAUGUCAGGAAGGAUUGAGGUCUGCUGCAGCGGCUAAUAAGUUAGAGCAGGCUGGCUUCCAAAACUUAGCUUGUAUGACCUCAGGGCUUCAAUCUGUAAAACCAGGAACGUUUGACUCAGUUGGCUCAACGGAGUUGCAGGAUGCUGGCAAAGCGGGCUUAGUAACCAUUCAAGGAAAAAUCUCAGCUGUUCUUGGAACUGUACUUAUCUGUGCUUACCUAUUCAUCACCUUCUUCCCAGAGCAAGCAGAGAAACUGCUUCAGAUGUCUCCUGCAAGCUAGAGCUACUGAUAACCCUAGAAUUUUGCAGUUUGUAAGAAUACUACUCUGUCAGAGAAUUCUUUGUUUUGGGGGACACACAGAGAGGAAAUGAAACAGAGAGGAAAAAGAAGGCCAUGUACUUAACAGAGGAAAAAGUUGAAUAUCUCCACUCCCCAAAUCUGAUGCUUCUUUCCAAUAUCAAUGUUCUAUCUUAUGUUCCAUUAAA